AUGAAAUCUCUCACUCUUUUCUCAUUCACAGCCUACCUCUCAGUCAUUGUUGGUGCUGGCCAAGCUGCCGUCAACCCGCUCCUUCAGGCUUCUGAGCCAGAUGUAGUCCAAGGCACCAUACGCAUUCAUGGCGACGAUGCCUACCCAGUCUUCAUGCGCCGCCUACUUCCAACCAACGCACCGCGAGCUCGUUACCCUGGGUUCAAGCAGGAAACCUUGCUCCUCAAGAACGGGACCAUUCGCAGGGAGGGGGCAAUGCCUCUGAGCUGUGACAUCGUGUUCGAGAGGGAUGUCCCGGUCACCCUCCGCGACGGCAUUACCAUCUACACAGAUGUUUUUCGUCCGGUCGGAGAUCAGCCUGUCCCAGCCAUUGUGGCUUGGAGUCCUUACGGAAAACAAAUCGGAGGCCAGUGGCUCGACGACCUUGCGAACCGGUCGAAUGUUCCCCUUUCCCUUGUUUCCGAGCUGCAAAAGUUUGAGGCCCCUGACCCGGCCUACUGGGUAUCCAAGGGAUACGCCAUAUUGAACCCCGACGCCCGCGGAGCUUACGCCUCGGAGGGCAACAUCACCUACUGGGGCCGCCAACUCGCCGAAGAUGGAUACGACUUUAUCGAAUGGGCCGCAGACCAAUCCUGGAGCAAUGGGAAGAUAGGCAUGGCCGGGAACUCAUUUCUCGCAAUCUCACAGUGGCACAUUGCGGCGUCGCAACCCCCACACCUGGCAGCCAUUGCCCCCUGGGAGGGCGCUACGGAUGUCUUGCGGGCAGCAGCAACAUCGUUUGGACUUGGGAACUUAGGCUUCGAAGAGGCCAUCAUAACUACUUUCUCAGGAAACAACUAUGUCGAAGACACCCCCAGGAUGAUGUUGAACAACAGUUUGGACAACAUUUACUGGCGAAAUCGGAGCCCCAACUUGAGUAAUAUCACAGUUCCAGCUUAUGUCGUGGCGAGCUACACCAAUCUCGCGCACACUCACGGCACCUUUGACGGGUUUCGGCACAUCAGCUCCGAUAAGAAGUGGCUUCGGAUGCACAAUACUCAUGAGUGGCAGGACUUUUACGUCCAGGAACACACUGAAGAGUUACGUGCCUUUUUCGAUCGUUUUCUCAAAGACAGCCCGAACGACUGGGAGCAGACACCACGAGUACGAAUUUCUGUUCUUGACCCCGGCUCCAACGACACUGUCGGUCGCGUUGUCGAGGACUGGCCUGUGCCGGAUCUGCAGUCUACCACCCUCUUCCUCGGCUCCAACCGGACCCUCAGUCGCCAUCCUAUUCCCUCUUCCACCUCCGUAUCCUACGAAGUCAACGCGAAUACCACUGGCGUGCUGUUCUCUUACACAGUCACAGACGUUGUUGAGAUCAUCGGGUACGUCAAAGUCCGUCUUUGGGUGGAGGCGAAAGGUUCAGAUGAUCUGGAGCUUGCCAUCACGGUCGAGAAGAGGGAUGCUCAAGGCAAUCCGUUUCCUCGGAGCACUCGACGAGACUCGGUCGACUCCAUCUGA